GAACCAUCAUUGCCACACUUUCAACUUGGUGUAUUGAGAGUCCUACCUCUUUAUAAAUCUAGCUUCGCUAUCCUAACAUGGCCAAUGGUAUUCCUACCCAAGGUGUUGGUAGCCUCUUCACUCUCAUCAAACGGCUUGAGGCUGCUACCUCCCGACUCGAAGACAUUGCAGUAGCCCAAACUUCCGUAGGAACCCCUGCAUUGCUUAAUGAAGGCUUCUCUACUCACGCCUCGCCUAGUAACGUGCCUGGAGUCUCGUCUGGCUCGGCAUCUAACCCGGAGGCGAUGGAGACACCCCCUUCGAUCAAGGCCUUUGAUGAACUUCUCUCGGGAUCCUUGGCGCGGUACCUCACAUUGUCAAAGGACGUAGGUGGGCCUGCCCAAGAGCAAGCCAAUCACGUCGAACAAGCAUUCAUGGCCCAACGCGAGUUUCUACUGGUUGCCAGUGCUUGUCAAAAGCCUUCGAUCGAUGCCCUUAUGGAGCUCCUCCAACCUACUUCUGAUCCUCUCAACAAAGUGGUAGAGGUCAAAGAUGCUCAACGAGCUGAGAAACGUCUCUUCAAUGGUCUCACUGCGGUGGCUGAGGGUAUUCCUGGUCUCGGCUGGGUAGCCGUGGAGACUAAGCCGGGUCCAAUGGUAUCGGAUGCAAAAGAUAGUGCGCAAUUCUGGGUCAAUCGUGUUGUCAAAGAUAACAAAGACAGUGACCCACAAUUGGCCGACUGGGCUAAAAGUUUUAUCGUCGUGCUCGAAGAUUUACGCAAGUACAUCAUGCAGUAUCAUACUACCUGUCUUGUCUGGAAUCCAAAGGGUGAAGAUGCCACGAGUUUCGCUAAGCGCAUGUCACCAGCUGGGUCUCCUUCAGCCUCGACCCCGCGGGCACCCACUGGAGCCCCUUCCGCUCCGACACCACCACGACCUGGACCACCACCACCCGGGCCACCACCACCACCACCCAUGCCAUCAAUGAACCAAGCUUCUGGAGCGGCAGGUGGGAUGGAUGCUGUAUUUGCUGCACUUAACAAAGGUGAAAAUAUCACCAGCGGACUAAAAAGAGUGGAUCCGAGUCAGAUGACACAUAAGAACCCGACCUUACGAACUUCAUCAGCCACGGGCCCAUCCGGAGGCUUAACAAGUCCACAGGGUAGUAUCAAGAGGCCUACGAAACCGCCAAAACCCCAAAGCUUUCAAAAAAGACCUCCUAAGACUCAACUAGAUGGGAAUAAGUGGGCGAUUGAGUACCACGAAAAUCAGUCUUCGAUCGUCAUUGAAAACACUGAGAUCAAUCAAAUUGUCAACAUCUUUGGUUGCAAAAAUUCCACAAUCUCGAUCAAGGGCAAAGUGAAUGCGAUUACAUUGGUAUCGUGUACCAAGACAUCUGUCUUGUUAGAGUCGGUUGUUUCUUCACUUUCGAUCACUUCUUCUCCUUCCUUUACCGUUCAAGUACUCGGAAAAGUUCCGACGGUCAUGGUAGAUGCGACUGAUGGAGGUCAGAUCUAUUUAAGUAAGGAGAGUCUUGAUGUUGAAAUUGUGACGGCGAAGACUAGUGCUUUGAAUGUGAGUUUACCGAGUGAAGAAGAAGAAGGAGAGUUUGUGGAACGAGCUAUGCCAGAGCAAUUGAAGACGGUCGUAGUGAAUGGCAAAUUGGUGACAAGUGUUCUUGAACACAGUGGUUGAGGUCCUGGAAGCUAUCUUUCUGCUACAUACUAAGAGUCAAGCGAAGUGUGGAGAAGCCAUGUGUGAUCAUCAACGGUGUUUUAUGUUUUUGUUAUGUUAUUUUCGAAUUGGUUCAUUAUUUCAAAUGGACAACGUGGUUUCUUAUUAAUUUCAUGGAUUCUGAGCAUAUUAUCUAUACAAUCGUAUCUGGAAUAUACGAUUGAAUUGAGUCUUUGUUUUU